AUGUGCCAAUUCCAGAACGUAACAUUCGCCUGCACCCACGUCGAGGAAAAACAGCUCGUCAGAUGCGACCGCGAGUACAAGCCAUUCACCAACAUGGUCCCCAAGACGUGCGUCAAAGACUCUUUGCCGCCGCGGCCGGUCAAGAAUGACAGGGAGAAAUGUAUGGAGUGUGCGAUUGCGGACUGGAAGGCGGCGUUGGCGAAGAGGGUGGCGAGGCAGAAGGCGUUGGGGUGGUACGUUUGA